ACGACCGUGUAAAGAAGUGGAAACUCCUCGCCUUCUUCACAAAAAAAAAAAAAAAAGAAAAAUCAAUGGGGCAUUUUCCACGCAAUGCGAUUGACAAAAUACGCCAACGUGAGUUUCCCAGGCCCACAAGUGGACAAUGGCGCGUAACAUUGACGGGAGAACAAUUGGUUGGCACACGCCUUCUUAGUCAGCCUCAGCACCAGUUAGCUACAACAACAGCAGCAACAACAGCAACAACAACAUCACCAUCUAACAGUUUAAAACUAUUUAGCCAUUAUUCCAAACGUCAAGUGUACUUAGAAGCGACGUUUUUUCGUUUGUUUACAAACCUUGAAGUCCAAAUAAUCAGCAAAGUUUUAGACUUUUUUCCAAAGGGCAUUUGUUGUUGCUGUCGUUUGAAUGUUUGAACAAUAGAACCCCAAGACGGCAAAUGACCGUUUAUAUAAAAACUCAUUGCAUUGUUGCUUCAAGUGUCAGUUGUAAUUGUCCAGUGUUUAAUGUGGCAUUCACAAAGAGCCAAAACACAAAACGCCGAUCUAAACGAAAUAAAAACCAACCAAAGAAGAGGAAUUUUUAAAUCUCAUCAGUACUUCCUUAGCCGUUUUAGUUCUUUGUGUAAAUCGGUGUUAAACUCAUUUGAAAAAUGUCAAAGUUUUUGUUUGUUUUCAAUCUCGUCGUAUUAUGCUUGUUGCUCUCCACCCGCCAUACGCUGGUAUCGGCCGCACCAAAGCCACAGAAUGCAGCCGUGGAAGCAGAUGAUCUAGAGACGGGCGCUGCAGCCGCUGUUGAGAAGGAUGACCUAGAGGGCUCCUCGUCAUAUGGCUUUGGAUAUUAUUCAUCGCCCUAUCUGUAUGGUGGCCAUUAUGGCGGUCAUUAUGGUGGAUAUGGCGGAUAUGGUAUUGGAUAUCCUUAUGGUAUAGGCGGAUAUUAUGGUCUGGGAUAUCCAUACUACGGAGGUUACUACGGCUAUCAUGGUCUGCAUGGUCACUAUUUCUAACUUUAACACAUUAUAAAAAAAAAAUUAGUUUAUUUCCAUAAGUAUUAUUAUUAUUAUUUGGGAAAAACCAAAGUCUAACUUUUAUUGUCGUUUCUUAAUCAUUAAUAAUAUCUAUAUAACCUAUUCAUCCAAUACCUUCCAAAUAGAAGAAUUAUCAAAAUUAUCUUGUAAGUUCUUGGGAUUUUUAUACACAGCGAUUUAUAGGUCUUAUUCUUGAUUUACCUUGCGAGGUUUACCCCGCUAUACAUAUAAACUUCCGCUCAGUCCCUUAUUAAGUAUAUACAUGCAUAUUGAUUUCAGUUUAAUUUUUAUUGUAUUAUUUAAAAGACUAUCCACUUAUUGUUUUAAUAUUUUUUAUUGAGACAAUAUCUCUUUGUUUCCCUUUAAAGGGAUAAUCAAAAAGUGAAUAUUGUGUCAUUUUUGUUGUUUGUGCUGCUUUCUAUAUAUAUAUUUUUA